GAUAAACUACAGCUUGCGCUGAUCUCCCAUGCUAUUUCACAAAUUAUAAGGAGUUACAAAAAGCCACAUCGGAUAGCAGACACUCGGAGCUAAGAUGAGUGCAGCCUCCACACCCGUCUCCCGGGUACAUCCAGGAUGGACGUCAUCCUCCAUGAAGAACAAGGGUCUGUCUCCUGCAACCUGCAGCACCCCACUGCUGGCAGCCUUCCCCGGCAACGAUGAUGAGCAGGAACGUCGUCAGCGGCGAAGAUCAAGAGUCAUUGACCUUCAAACGGCCACUGACUCCUCCUUCAAUGACUCUGCAUCUCACAGUGCCACAGGUACUCCUGCUGCCGUGCCCAAGUUGUCAAAUGCACAGAUCUCAGAGCAUUAUUCCACCUGCAUAAAACUCUCCACUGAGAAUAAAAUCACCACCAAAAAUGCCUUUGGUUUGCAUCUGAUUGAUUACAUGGCUGAUAUUCUCAAACAGAAGGAUUCUGAGCUCACAAACUUCAAGGUUGCAGCUGGCACUUUGGAUGCCAGUACAAAAAUUUACGCUGUGAGGGUGGAUGCUGUUCAUGCUGAUGCCUACAGGGUGCUGGGUGGCCUGGGGGCUGAGACCAAACCUGGAGAUGACCAUGGUCCAAAGGAGGAAGAGGGCAGAGAUGAUGAAGGGGUUGCAGCUGAAGUGACUGCGAAGCAGCCGAAGAAAAAGAGGCCUCCUAAGAGGACAGUGGAACAGAACCUGAGCAAUAUCAACAGCGCUGAGUCUGAGAGGAAGUGUGAGGUGGACCCCAUGUUUCAGAGGAUGGCCUCAUCCUUCGAUGAGAGCAGCACAGCUGGCGUCUUCCUGUCAGUCCUCUUCAGUGAGAACAGCCGCUGCGAGCUGCUCUUUCCCUCCUAUAUGACCCUCCUACAGUCCAGACCCUCCUACUCUCCUCCACCCCCACAAGGAGUCCCCUCUUCCCCGUUCAUGGCUGGGCUACAGCGUUCCCAGGAGAAAAGCUCCAUCUGCCCCUCGCUGCAGGACUUCUCCUUCACUAGCUGGAACCCUGAGCAGACCAUGAAUCAGCUCCUGGAGAAGAUGAAGCAGGGCGAACACGUGUUUGACGUGAAUGCUGAGCCCGAGCCUGAACCUGAGGAAGAUGACUGCCUUGACUUUGACGCCGACUAUGAGGAGGGACAGGGCGACUGUGAGGACGGAUCCAAGGAGCACAAAGAGGGUUGUGAGGCCUCUGGCUCCGGCAAAGGAAGGGAUGUAAUUCCCAUCGGAGAGGGAGACAUCGCCACUAUGUGUCUGCACCUGUCCUCUCAGCCCAGGGAGUACUCGUACUUCAGCCCCAGGACCAUGGCCACAUGGGCCGGACCAGGCUACUGGCAGUUCAAGCCAAAGCACAAGUUGGACCAUUUGCCUGACAAGGAGACACGUAAAAGGAAGCCCAAGAAGACCUUUGAAAUAGAUUUCAACGAUGAUGUCAACUUUGACACAUAUUUCCGCACUACAAGGGCCACCACCACUAACAGCAAGUCUGCCCUCAGUACCAGCAAUAAGAAGACGACUUUACCAGCAGACUUCCAGUUUCCCCCAGAGACACUUUCCCAGCUCAGCCUCAAACCGUCCAGCUCGUUGAGUCAAGAAGGCCAGAAGAGACUGUCUGGAGAGCUUGGAGAAGGCAUUGGAGACUAUGACUACAACAAUGCCAACGACACAGCCAACUUCUGUCCAGGUCUUCAGGGUGGCGACAGUGAUGAUGAUGUCGAAGGGUUUGCCGGUUCAGACGAUACACAGCCAGGUGACAGUAUCCCUCUGCCCUCUCAAGAUCUAGAGGGCGUCUCCACCUAUGGGGAGGAGGAUCUGGUACCUGAACCGCACAGGGUCAAUAAGAUUGAGAUCAACUAUGCUAAGACCGCAAAGAAAAUGGACAUGAAGAGACUCAAGAACAGUAUGUGGACUCUCCUCACUGAAAGCCCAGAGAAACCCAAAGAGGUGGUGGAGGCUGUGGAGCAACCAGAAGUGAGCGGGGAGAAAGUCUUCAGUCAGACCACAAAGACGCUGCUUCAAAGAUUGCCAAACACGAUGGCUCAGAACCUGUCAGUGCCUCUGGCAUUUGUCGCUCUGCUUCAUCUUGCCAAUGAAAAGAAUUUGGAGUUGGUGAAGGUUGAUGACAUGUCAGAUAUCAUCAUCAGACAAGGCCACUGAGGAGAAAGAAUGAUGGGAUGUUGUAUGGAGAAUCACUGCUAUUCUUUUAUGCUAUUCUCUAUGUAUUCAUCUCUUUUUACUCUGUCAUAUCUAAUGUUUCUCUGUGACUCUCUCCUGUUUAGAUAUUAUGUUUUUUACAAUUUUUCUAGCAAAUAUAAAAUAAGGAAGUGUUCAGACAUUGAAUAGUGGUUUCAACAUUUGCCUUUCCUUUUAUUCUGUACUGUCAAUGCUUCUCUUUUGUGUAGAUAAUUUAACUGCUCAGCCACUGCACAAAAAAUGUAUAUUGUCAAAGAAA